AUGAAGAAUGAGCACGAUGACGGAGAGUCGACCGAGUCGGAUUCUAGUCAAGAGAAUGAAGAGGCUUCGGAAGUCGAUGUGACGUGUAGAAAUACUGUGGUAGCUUGGAAGAACGCUGAUGGCCGGACCGAAUGCACUGACGAUCUAUCCUUUGAUCUAUAUAUGGAUAUCUCAACCAACACUGCUAUUUUCAAGCUGUAUGGCUAUAUCCUUCUAAAAGGCAAUAGAGGCAAAAGCGGCAAGCAGGCCAUUUAUUUAUUCGUAUAUCCUGAGAGCAUCCGAUCCAUCACGUUGGAGACUGUCCAUGACACGCCAUCUCAACCAUUGACCAAUCUUGAGGCCAACUACCACUCGUUGUGUUUUUCUCUGACGAAAGAGCCGUGUCUCGUUGUCCCUAAAAGCAGUAUUCUAGAGUCUCGACCGAAGACUGCAGCCCUCCUAGAUUCAAUUCGAGCUCUAGCCACCGCGGCAAAUUUUACCGUUUCCUUGAGCAACACCGAGACUAUCACAUCGACGCUGCAGAGUUUAGGAUUAGUCGCCUCAGUCUUUUCGUCGACAUACACUGGCCAUCGGCCGUCUACGAAUGCCAGACGUGCCAACCUCACUGCACUGUAUGCUGGCAGAGGUGGUGAAAUUGUUCACACGAAUGAUGCUACUGCAAGUGCUGCCGUACAACCACCUCCAUUAUAUAGCGAAGCUGCGCCCGGCCCCAGCCAAAUCUCCAAUAAACGUAAACGCGAAAUCUCCGACAUCGACCAUGAUCGCUCUCCAUCAGCUAACAGUCAAAUCUUACUCAUUCUCAAAAAUAUCUGUGCUCGCCUCGAUACUAUAGAAAACCGUAUGAUUCGGCUUGAGGACAAAGUGACGGAGGCAUUGGACGUUGACCGCACCACAUGCCGAUACGGAACAGAAGAAAGAACAGAGAUAAUAGAAGUGGUCGACAAUAGAAUUGAUGACUGCAUAACUGACCUAAAGGUCGAAUCUCAUGACAUACUUCAAGAGCUUAAAGACGAGGUCGAUGAUACACUAGAGCGACUAGAUAAUGAGACGAGCGAGAAGAUUGAGCUGCUAGAAAAUGAGAUUGAGGAAAAUACGACGAAGCUAGUGAAGAAAUAUUUGAAGGAGAAGCUAUCAAAUGCUAGCUUGCGAGUGGACGGGACUGUAUUCUUGGACAUUUAG